CAACUAAUAGGUAAUCCGCAAGUGCUUCGUCGAACGGCCGUGCACUUGUCAUGUGGUUAAAUGUAUUUAAUUCAACCAUUUUUCCUUGUUAACAUCAUGUGACUGACCAACCGGCCUAACACAGCACCUUUUAUGACUCUAAACUAUCAAGCUCUGACUUCCUUUCCACUAAUUUCCCUCAGAAAUAACCGUAGAAGAGCUAUGGUGUCGUAUUUGGGAUCGAUAAGUCGGUCAUAAUUUUUGCAUAUUACUGCAAAUGUAUAGUGUAGUGGACAAAAUUAGUGUGUCAGUGUAAUUUACAGUUAUAUCGCGCAGUUUUUACGUGCUAGAUACAUGUCUACAUUGCGUUAUGUGCAAAUAUAGGUAGUUGUGGUAUUAUUUACUAUACUACGAUCAGUUUUUACGUAAUAUUAAUAGAGUUAACGGCUAUUUGGACGACAAGAGAAGGUGUUUACACGGUUUUCUGAUCUCAAACCAACAAUAAUGUAACACUGCGCCAUCUAUGGAUCUUCCAAGGAACUAAACAAAAAUCUAUUACGUUUCACACACUAUCAGAACAACUAUGAACUAUCACGUCUUAGCGACACCUAGUGGGAAGAAUAAAAACUAAAGUAUUACAACGAAACCUGAAAAACAGUACAAAAUAGAAAUGUCACUAGCGCCAUCUAUCGAUAAAGUUAUGAACUACGUGAAACGUAUUCGAAGAUGGUUCUAGUUUUAGCGGAAUAAGGAGUAAAUUGUGGAGGGCCAUCUAGCGGUGAAUAGGCGUACUAGAAUGAUACUAACGCCAUCUAUCGACCGUACGGCGCGAUGCCUCGAGUGAAGUAUGCGACCGUGUUGCGGAUUUUGGUCAUUUUCGGUCUCUUCUGCGUUUGGGUACAGAUUUUGCUGUCGGCGUCCGAAAAUGGAUUGGACAGAGAUGGAGAAGAGCUGAUGAAUGCGAAUGAGACCUCGGAGCAGGUCCUGGCGCUGGUGCCGCAAGAGCUGCACAAGUACCUCACUGUCCACCCCAGAAAUGUCUCCGGCAACGCUACAGACCGGGUCGGGCCCAAAAACACGUCGGAUAUUCUGCGCAUGAUUGAAAAAUAUAAUGACGAACAAACAAUAUACAAUGAGGAUAUCUACGGGCCUGUACAGAACGACACCAUCAUUAUAGCUAUACAGGUCCACACGAGACUAACAUACCUGCGACACCUGAUCGUCUCUCUCGCUCAGGCGCGAGACAUAGACAAGACUCUACUUGUGUUCUCCCACGACUACUAUGACGAAGAGAUCAACAGCUUAGUGCGGAGUAUUGACUUCACCAAGGUAAUGCAGAUAUUCUACCCGUAUUCGAUACAAACUCACCCGGACGAGUUUCCUGGUUUAGACCCAAAUGACUGCCCGAGAGACGCAAAAAUUGACUAUGCAAAGAUAAUUAAAUGCAACAACGCUCUUCACCCGGACGUGCACGGACACUACCGGGAAGCCAAGUAUACCCAGACCAAGCACCACUGGUGGUGGAAGGCUAACCGGAUAUUCAACCAGCUGCAGUGCACCAGCGGUCAUGGCGGGAUGGUGGUCUUUCUAGAAGAGGACCAUUAUGUGGCUGAAGACUUCAUCCACAUGCUAAACCUUCUUAAGAAUACAGCAGACAGAUCCUGUCCUCAAUGCGAGAUCCUAUGUCUGGGGACUUAUCUGAAGACCUACCAGUACCAUACUACUAGUGACAAGCAAAGGAAGAAACACCUCACGCUAAGCUACAUCCAGCAAGUGCGGGCGGCGAGUGAGGAACGCCGCAAGAAAAAACUAGACACGCAAACCUGGAACUUUCAAGUGUAUCCGAACCUCUACUCCAAUACGCAAAAGGUGGAAAUUACGCCUUGGCAUUCUAGCAUGCACAAUAUGGGUUUUGCGUUCAAUAGAACUGUUUGGAAUAAUAUAAUGGAGUUGCAAUCGCAAUUUUGCGCGUACGACGAUUACAAUUGGGAUUAUUCGCUUCUACACCUGUCUCAGAAUAGAAUGAGACAGAAUAAAUUUAAAGUUAUGCUCUGUAAAGGGCCUAGAGUGUUUCAUAUUGGAGAGUGCGGCUUCCACCACAAGAAGUCAAACUGCAACGCGUCGACAGUAAUAAGCAAGGUGCAGAAACUACUGCAGAACGCUAAAAGGUUCAUGUACCCUAGUAGGGUAACUGCCACAGUCACAAACGGUGGUGCCAAGCACAACAAGAGACUGGUCAAAGGGAAUGGUGGUUGGGGAGACGCUAGAGAUCAAGAACUGUGCACGAAUAUGACGAAGAUUGGUCGACAGCCAAGAAAGUUUAAUUAUAAAAACGGAAUGAUAAAUUCUCAAACAUUAUGAUUUCAUUCGUUGCUAGGAACAUCAUUAACACACACACACGUUGUCUUCUCACACACACACACCAGGUAUGUGUGGGAAACCUGGGGAUACUGCCCCUUAAGGUUGUCUUUUAUGCCUCUCGUAGCUACGGAAGGGUCCUUAGGCGUUGCCCCGCCUUCGCGGUUUAACCCACCGGGUGAAACCCCGUUGGCGGAGGCCCAGUGAGCCGCCUGAGUUUAGGCGCGGGCUGAUCUUCUGGGUCUUCAGGUGUCCGCUGUUUCCCUGGUCAUCAUUAACAUAAACAUGAAAUAGUUUAUGUAUGCGUCUCAUUGCUGGGCACAGGCCUCCCCUCCGUCAACAUGGGGGUGGGGAGUUGGAGGGGAGAUGGACCAUACCCCACGCUGUGCCUUCCCAAUCAGGUGAUUCAAACCUGCAGUGUCCUAGCCAAACGAAGCACUAAUUUGAAAAGUGAUUUCGACAAUGUCCCCAUGUGGAAUAAAAAAAAAACUGAAUAAAUGUCUUAAAAACAACUUAGUAGAUAAUAUACAGGGUGUUAGUGAUAUCGUAACGAAUACUGAGGGGGAUGAUUUUGCUUAUGAUUCUGAGUUGAUACCAAGUGUAAUUUUCCGUCGUAAAAUUCGUGUUUUUUCUUUAUAAAUUAUUUUAUAACACGGUAUUUAUAUUAUUUCUUUAGAUAAGUAUAUAUUAUUUAUUAUUCUUUUUUUUUGUUAUGUUGGUAUCAUUAUAUGUUUGUUUAUACCAGCCCGUGCUCCAAUGAAUAAUCUUCUUUCACCCUAAGGUUGCCUGGCAGAAAUCGCUGUUUAGCAAUAAGGCCGCCUAUUGUGCUUAUGUUUUAUUCGUAUGUUUAUGUCCUUUAUAUAUGUUCUUGUGCAAUAAAGUAUUAUUGAUUGAUGGAUUGAUUGAUUGAUUGGUUUAAAUUCUAUACUUUUGCGAUGGAAAAUACCACUGAUGUAAACACAGAAUCAUGGUCUGAAUCAUUCGUCAAAGUUUUCGUUACGAUGUCACUAACACUCUGUAUGUACAUUGAUUUGAUUGAGAAAAACACCGUGAGGAAACCCACAUUCCCGAGAAAUGCAUUUUCGGAGGUAUGUGACCUAACCUGUAUUAGGCUGGUUUUCCUUCGGCUUGGAAGGUCAGACAGGCAGUCGCUUCUGUAAAAAAAACUAGAGUAUGAAGCGUGCCUCUCCACUGAGGGUUGGUAGAUCUUGAACUACUAACCAACCAAUUUGAAAAGUUCAAGCUUUUUCAAAUUUUGUUAUUAAGUAUUAUUUUUUACCCGGUUAAAAACUGAGUUCUAAUUGUUAAACUGAUGUACUUACUUUUAUAGAUUUUUAUUUGGUUUAAUAUUAGUAUUAUUUUACUUGUCAAAGAUAUAAUUGGAUCUGUCCUAUAUCUAUAUGUAUGAAUACAUAAACACUUCAAUUCGGCGUUCCCUAAAAACACGAUAGAUGGCGUUGUUCACUUUUAACGUGAUAAUUACCUAUUUUCUCAUUGAUGUGGUUAAAAAGGCCACAUCGAAGGAAUUCAUCUAAGAAAGCAAUAUUGCAAUUUGACAUUUGCGCAUAUAAAAGUAAGUGCGCAAUGCAAAUUUCAAAUAGUAAUAUUGCUUUUUUAGAUGAAUUGCUUCGAUGUGGCCUCUUUAAGCCCCCCCAGUAUUUUAACGGGACGAUCCAAUUUUUCUUUGUCAAUUUUUAGUCAAUUUCGAUUAAGAUUUUAAUAUUGUUAUUUUUAUUUAAGUUACUGUGCAUUAUUUUCUCUCCCACUGUUAUUAAAAAAAACGAAUUACUUAUUGCGAACAUCAUGGUAUAGUAAAAGAAAAACAAGAUGGCGCUGGUUGUUUUUUCUACUUAAUUUUAAUAUUUGGAUAUUUUUCCAUAUUUUUAUAUGGUUAGGUAAAUGCACCCCGUGAAGAACGGGUGAACGCUGUGGAGAUGACGAUGAAUAUUUUUUCAUAGGUAUGUGUGCAAUGAGUAUUAACUAUUAUAUGUAUAAUAUUUAUUUAAAUAUUGUUUUUCCUGGCGACGCCAUUUUUUUUAUUUUUACUUUUAAAGUAUAAACCAUAGAGCAUGUAUAGUUUUCCCGGUUAUCUCUCAUUCAGCGCUUUCAAAUAUAUUUGAAAGAUUCCUCUCAGACGACGCCCGAUAUUUUUGGUUAAUGUAGCCUGGAAAAUCCCUCAUUGAAUCAAGCUACAACAGCUGUGUGUUACUUUCAUGCUCUAUGGUUUGUAGACUGUGUUUAGGCGAAGCCAUUCAAGAAAAAAAAACAAGGCAUGUGACUGCAUUUUUGAGGUUAGGAACUCAUUUGCAGAGGCCGCGCUAUGAUACAAGCGCGAAUUUCAAUUUACAAUAAUGAGGAUAAAAACUAGAAGCUCAAAUGUAGGUGGCAACACUGUUGAGUGUUCCUAAAUUUUGACAGUUCUCCAUACUGUCCAGCUGAAAUACGCGAUAAAUCGCUACAAAAUGUGGAGCAACGUGGAGUGUAUCCCGUCUGAAGGAUGAGUUACGAAAAAGAAAAGCAGCCAUGUGGAAAAAGGCAGUUUUGAUUGAUAAUAAGAUUUUCUAAGUUUUUUUCUUUCCGGUCUUUAGGGAAUAAAAUAAAUAUAACACUAUGAUUUUGCAGUUAAACGCCGCGCAAAGGUUUAUAGUGUAAAAAUAUAACCAAAACAAUAUGUUUGUUCACUCAAAUGGUAUGGGGAACUGUCAAAAUUUAAGAACACUCAACAGUAGCCACACCUGAUGGGAGAAAUAGGCAGUUUGUAUCAUUCUAUGCAGUUCUGGCAGUAACUGUCAUGUCAGAGCUACCGGCUAAAGGACUCAUUUCGUAGCGCGGUCUCUCGCCAUGUCUCGGACAAAAAACUUGACUUAAUUUUAGUUUUGACAGCUCUUAAUUUUUUUUUUUUUGUUUUGGUUUUCCCCGAAGGGUAAGGCAAAGGGAACUAUGCCCAUAGAGCCAUGUCUUACGUAUUUUUUUUUCUUGAUGAUUGAUGAAAUGAUGAAAGAUGAUGAUGAUGAAACCUAAGCCCCCACCCUCGGAGUAGACUCCUACUCCGAACCCCAAACGAAUUAACUCAAAAGUCCGCAUAAACUUUUGAGUUAUGAAGCGGCUUCCCGGUACGAAGCGAAAAUAGGCAGAUACACUUUGUUUAUUGAAUACUCCAAUAUAAAUAACACUCGCGAAUGUCUUCCGACUAACUUAAUGCUAUCAUUAACCACAAAACACCACUACGUAUUAAUUAUUUAGAUUACUCAAUGAAGAAAGCAACUGUCCCGUUCCCGUUUCCCGCCGAAAAGCCUGACAGCUCUUAAAUUAGUUCCGUCCUUCACUUACUAAAGGCACAAAAAGAGAUGGAGUUCGUUUUAGACCUGUCAAAUUAAGUUUGAGGUUAAGCGGGCUAGAUGUGUCAAGAUGACAGUAGUGGUGGUUACCAUGGUUACGCCCCGCCGAUUUGCUAUUAGACUACACGAACUGGGUGGUCAAAAAGGCCACAUCCAAACAAUUCAUCUAGAAAAGCAAUAUUGCAAUUUGACAUUUGCGCAUAUGAAAGUAAGUGCGCAAUGCUAACAAAUGUCAAAUGGUAAUAUUGUUUUUUUAGAUGAAUUGCUUCCCCCCUGAUCUGCAAACCAUCUAGACCGGUGGACAGGGCAAUGUAAUAACCGAUUUAGUUGUUGUCCGAAUCGACAUUGUUUUCGAAGUAUUUUUUUAGUAUUUGGCCUUGCUUUAAUUUUGAUAUUCCAAAAGUAAUUUUAGGUGAGAAAGGGGAAGAAUCUUGCGGGGAUAAUCCGCUAUUAAAUACUAUUUGAAGUAAAUGGAAGUGCAUGGAAAUGGUAAUAUGUACCUUUGUAUAUUAAAAGGACAUUAAUCUUGUGUAAAUAAAUCAAGGGACAGGGUGUAAUUGUUUUAAUUCGAAUAUUAAAUUGAAUCUAUUUUGAAAAGAAUGACGUAUUAAGUUUUCGAAUUUUGAAUUUGUUUACGUGAUUUAAAAUUAUUAAUUUUUGGCCUAAAUGCAAGUCUUUUGGGAAGUCUACCUAAUAUUUUUUUAUUCAUCAGUAUUGCCAAUUAUAAAAAAAAUCAGCAUUAUUUUUUUUUUAUUAAUGUUCGUGUUGUAAAUGUGAUUGUCAAAUUAAUAAAUGUUUAGGUAUAUAAGUAAGUAAAGUAAUAAUUAGAAAAUAUUAUAAAAAAUGACUUCAGUUCGCCUCAAAGUGUGGAUAUAUGCCUUGUGAUCAGUAUUUUAAUCUCAUUUUUAGUAAUAAUUAUGAAUAUUAUGAUUCGAAAUUCAAUUCAAUGACGCAAACUGUUAUUUUGUUUCGUAAACAAGUAAUGCCAAAAAUCGGUACCACUAAUAUAUUUUUAAUAGUAUAGCUAAGCAAUUUAAUAAAAAAAAUAAUGAAACUUUUUGAUUUAUUGUUAUUUAUAUUUUUGAUAAUGUUGAUGAUACUGACGGUCUGAUAUUAGUUUUAGGUUAGUUUAAAAUUUAGUGCUAUCUCUUUCUUACGCUAAGCGUAUGUGGUGGACGGCAGUAAUUUUAGAGCUGUCGUACAAAAAUAUUUUGUCCGUCAGAUUAUCUAUCAUUAUCUGUAUGAUUUUAUUUUUUAUUUAGUUAUUUUUUUUGUUUUCGACGCUAAUGAGGGUUGACAGUGACUUGUAUAUUUAUUACUUAUCUAUCAUAUUGUCUGGUAGAACUUUAAAAUGUAGUGUUUGAAAAUGUGUUUCUAAUCGACAUACACAAAAAUUAUUGACAGUAAUUUAGUUUUUAGUUUGACAGUUCAAAAUAUAGUGCUAUCCAUCAUCGUCGCUUUAUUGAGACAACCUAGUAAGCGCCUUUUUGAAAAAUCACAUUUUGGUGUGAUUUGUGUUAACAAAACCACGCAAUAAAAAAUAAUUUUGUUUUUUUUUUUUUAAUAGACUAGCUAGUUUCAAUCUAGGUAAACAUUUUUAAGAAAUCGAGGUUUCGUUGAUGAAAAUCGCAUCACAGUGCGAUUUUUUUAAAAGACGCUUACUUUGUUUUCGCUGUAAGAACUCCGCUGCCCAUCGGCUGGGUUAGGUUUAUCUCAGUCAUCAGUCUUCAAUCGUAUGGUACACAGAUGCGCGUGUACGAUAACGUCAAUGUGUAGCGUCAGUGUAAAACGAGGUGUUUUGUAUGAAGUGUGAGAUUGAGUGCGAGAGCGCUAUACUUGUUACUGCUAAACUAAACUUAAAUUAAAAUAAAAAAAUGACUCACUAAAAUUAAAAUGUCAACCCACAUCGCUUUGUAAUGAUGGUGCACAAAUUUUUUGUGAUAGUUUAAUAAAUAUUUUUUUAUAAAUUACAAAAAGAAAUGCCAUAAAAUUACAUACGUACGUAAAGCUAAAAAUGUAUGGAAUCAGCGCAGAAGGUGCAAAAUGUUACGCCUUAUGACCUCAUAAAUAGGCAUAACUUAAGAAUAAUAUAAAUAUUUUUUUUAUUAUUCUUAUGCUGAAAAAAAGGUAUUUUGCACAAUUAAAAAAAGUAAUUACAAUAAUAUAAGUGACUAAUAUUGUACUAAAAUAUAUUUUUAAUUGUAAAACGUUACAAUAUUACUAGUCAAAGUUUUAGAAAAUUUGAGCGCUGUUAUAUAAAAUCAAACUUAAACUUUGUGGUAAAAUUUUGUUGACUAAACUUAAACAAGCUAUAAACGCGCACUGCUAAGCACAGGCCUCCCCUCAAUCAACCGGAGGGGGUAUGGAGCAUAUUCCGCCACGCUGAGAUAAAUGGAUUCAGAGUAAUCUAUACAAAUUUUAGCGAAUAUUUUUUAUCACAAAGGAAAAAUGUACAGCUUGAGUAUUUUAAAAAAUAUAUUCUAACAACUAAAUAUUUCUUUUAAUCAUUUUUAUUAUUAGUCAGUAGAUAGGUUCAUAACAUAAUCCUUGCAAUUGUUUCCACUGCUAAUCUCUUUUUCUUAUUUUUGUCAGGCUGUACGUAAAUAUUCCAGUGCUCAAAUUUUCGAUCAGAUAUUAAGAAAAAUGCUAGAGUAUCAAACUAUGUAUAAAUACACAAUUAAGUAUUGAUAAUAAGUGUGAUAAAGAUUAAAAUGUAACUUUAUAUAACAAUAAAUAUGGAAUGGCAUAAUAAAAUUGUUUUUUU